AUGAAUUCUCCAAGAAAUUAAGGUUCUAAUUUUACACCUGUAAAUACAUCUAAUGUUUUUACAUCUACUAUAAAUGAAGAUGCUUAGAAUACUAGUUUUUCAUCUUAUCAUGUAACUCCAAGAUAAGGAGCUACUCCUAGAUAAUUAUCAAGAAUUUAAGAAAAUAAUGAGUGUGAAGAUUCUAAAAUAUCAGAUACAGAUCCUUAGACUUAUAGAGAAGUAAUUAAAGAAUUGUCGACCUAACUCUAAAUGGCAAUAUUAGAAAAUAGAUAAUUCAAAGAUAAAAUUAAUGUGUUAGAAGAAGAACAUAAUUAAAGCUUUUAAAUACUAAACACUUAAAAUCAAACACUUCAAGAUAGUAAUUUUACAUUAUAAGAAAAAAUUAAUAAUUUGUUUUCAGAAAUCUAACAAAUGCAAAUCUAAUUAGAGUAAAAGGACUAAAAAUUGAAAGAAGCUAGAGAAAAUAAUUUAUUUUAAAAUUAAUCAUCUGAUAAAAUGACUCAUUUAAUAGAUGACAAUAAAAAAUUAAUUAAAAUUAUAGAAACUUAAUAAUAAGAAAUAAAUGUUUAAAAAGAUGUUAUUAAAUAAUUUGAAAAAGCUUUAUAAGAUGUUAAAGGUAAAAUUGAAACAGACAAUAAUGAAAAAUUUAAUAUCAAAUGUAAAGAAAAUGAUUAAUUUAAACUUGAAAUUGAAGCUUUAUAAUAAUAACAAUAACAAUAUAAAGAAUAAAUAAUGCUUUGGAGUUAAAGAUAUUAAUCUCUUGAUCAAAAUUAUUAAAUAUAAUACUAAGAUUUAUUUUCAAAGUUCAAUAUUAGUUAAAAUCAAUUGGCUGAAUUAUAAAAUAUUUAUUAAACCUAAACAGACAAUAGUUAAAGGAAAAUCUAAUAAUUAUUAUAAGAAUUAGAUAAUGUUAAAGCAGGAACUUUAAAAAAAUAAUCAAGUUUAAAAGUUAAGGCAUUAGAAGAAAGAAUUGAUGAACUAGAAGAACAACUUUAAAUUAAAAAAAAUUAAAUUUUAAAGCUUAAAGAAGAAUUAAUAGAAUAUUAAAAUAUUUAGAAGUUAGUAAAAUAAAGAGAUACAGAUAUAAUAACUGAUAAGAGAGGUAUAUAAUAUUUUUAAUUUAGUUGUGGAGAAUUAAAUAUCAGAAAAAUAUGAAUAAAGAAUACGUUAAUUAGAAGAUAAGAUUCUUUAAUAAGAUUAAUAAAUAGUUCUUACUUAAUAAUAAUAAUAUUAAAGCUUACCAUAAUAAUAAUAAAUUGUAUUAGCUUAAUAAUAAUAAUAAUAAUAAUAAUAAUAAUAAUAAUAAUAAUAAUAAUAAUAAUAAUAAUAAUAAUAAUAAUAAUAAUAAUAAUAAUAAUAAUAAUAAUAAUAAUAAUAAUAAUAAUAAUAAUAAUAAUAACUAUAUGAACAUAAUUAUUAUGCAAGAACAAAUGAAAAUAAAAAGUUAUAAUUAUUUUCUGAACGAAAGGAUAACUUAAGAAUGUAUUAUAGUUUUGCAAAGGAGAAUUAAUAAAUUGAGAAUAAAUAUCCUAGAACUGCUUUAAAUUAUGGAAAUAAUUAUUGA